GAGAAGGGAAUUGGCUUGUUGCUGUUGCUGUAGGAUUCUAAGUCCAGGUGAUUGUUUCUAACCAAACAUCAAGGAAAUUUGAACAUAGUCACCUGGCCUCUGUACUUCAGUGAUGGACCUAAAUCAGCAUUUGAAUAAGACAGCAGAGGCAGAGCUUUCAAAGCAGAGGAAACCCAUAUGCUGCAAUGGAUUCAAGAUGUUCAUGGCAGCCUUGUCACUUAGUUUUAUUUGCAAGGCACUAGGUGGUGUCAUUAUGAAAAGUUCUAUCAUUCAAAUAGAAAGGAGAUUUGAAAUAUCAUCUUCUACUGCUGGCUUAAUUGAUGGAAGUUUUGAAAUAGGAAACUUGCUUGUUAUUGUCUUUGUGAGUUACUUUGGAUCUAGACUACACAGACCAAAAAUAAUUGGAAUUGGUUGUUUUAUAAUGGGAACUGGAACUAUUCUAACUGCUUUACCACAUUUCUUCAUGGGACAUUACAAAUAUUCUAAAGAAACCCACAUUAAUCCAUCGGUGAAUUCGACAUCCAGUUUACCAACUUGUAUGCCUAAUCAAGAUGUGUUACUUAAUAGAACAUCACCUGAGAUAGUGGAAAAAGGUUAUGAAAAGGAAUCUGAGUCAUAUAUGUGGAUAUUUGUCCUAAUGGGUAAUAUGCUUCGUGGAAUUGGAGAAACCCCCAUAGGACCUUUAGGGAUUUCUUACCUUGAUGAUUUUGCUGAAGAAGGACAUUCUUCUUUUUAUCUGGGUACUUUGAAUGCAGUAGCAAUGAUUGGUCCAAUCAUUGGUUUUGUAAUGGGCUCUCUGGUUUCUAAAAUGUACGUGGAUAUUGGAUAUGUAGAUCUGAGCACUAUCAGAAUAACUCCCAAGGACUCUCGUUGGGUUGGUGCUUGGUGGCUUAGUUUCAUUAUAGCUGGACUAUUAGCUAUUCUUUCUUCCAUACCAUUCUUUUUUCUGCCCAAAAGUCUGGAUAAACCACAGAAAGAAAGGAGAGCUUCAGGAUCUUUGUAUGGACUCAAAACGAAAGAAGAAAGAAGUCAGAUGGUGAAUGUAAUCAAUCACAAGCAAAAUGUUAAUGAAAAUAUGCCAGGUUUUUUCCAGUCCUUAAAGACCAUCCUAACAAAUCAACUGUAUGUUUUAGCAUUGCUUGCAACAUUGCUACACAUUAGCAGCUUUAUUGGUCAUAUUACUUAUAUCUUUAAAUACUUAGAACAACAGUAUUCCCAGUCAGCAUCUGAAACUAACGUUUUGCUUGGAGUCCUGAGUCUGCCAACUAUUGCAGCAGGAAUAUUUACAGGAGGAUAUAUUAUUAAAAGAUUCAAAUUUACCAUGGUUGGAAUUGCCAAAUUCUCACUUUUUAACGUUGUGAUAUCUUUCAUAUUUUUCUUAUCAGAUUUUCUACUAAUAUGUGAAAACAAGUCAGUUGCUGGCCUAACCUUGACCUAUGAUGGGAAUAGCCCACUGGAAUCUCAUAUAAAUGUACCACUUUCUUAUUGCAACUCAGACUGCAAUUGUGAUGAAAAUCAGUGGGAACCGAUCUGUGGGGACAAUGGAAUUACUUACAUUUCACCUUGUCUAGCAGGAUGCAAGUCUUCAAGUGGCACGAAGAAGCCUAUAGUGUUUUACAACUGUAGCUGUCUAGAAGAAACUGGCCCCUGGAAUAGAAACAACUCAGCUCAUUUGGGUGAAUGCCCAAGAAGUGACCAGUGUAAAAAAAAAUUCUAUAUAUACACAUCAUUGCACGUCUUUACUAAUUUUUUCGCUUCAUUUGGAAGCACUGCAAAUAUUCUGAUGGUUUUUAAAAAUGUUCCACCUGAACUGAAAUCACUUGCAGUGGGAUUGCAUUCUCUAACUAUACGAUCACUAGGAGGAAUCCCAACCCCUAUUUAUUUUGGGGCUCUGAUCGAUAGAGCUUGUUUGAAGUGGUCAGUGAACAACUCUGGGAAGCAAGGAGCAUGCAGGAUAUAUGACUCUGUGUUAUAUGGAUAUUCCUUUUUGGGCUUGAUGGGAAUCUUAAAAUUUUCGGCUCUUCUUUUAUUUUGUGCAUUACUUGUCACUGUAAAGAAAAAAUAUCAAGGAAAAGAUGCCAAGACAUCAGAAAAUGGGAACGAAUUUAUGAAUGAAGCAAACAUAGAAUCCUUAGAUAAGGCUGAACAGUUGCUUCCUUCCAACAAAACAGAUGGUGAAACACGAAUUUAAAGAACCAUGCUGAUCUCUUUGAUCAGUCUCGACAUUUAUGUAUGGAUUGGACUGAAACAAAAUAAUGAAAAUAAAUCAUAACAAAUUUGGUAGUUAC